AUGUCUCUUCAAGAAAUGCCAAAUGAAGUUAUGGAGAAACUGGUGGAUGAUGCGGAUUACGCUACAAUACAGUCCAUACGAAAGGUCUCCAGAGGACUCCGUAGCUUCAUUGACGGAAAAACCUGGCAGUUCCCAAUGUACGAGCUGUCACUUGAUGCAUACGAUGACUUCAUAAAACUUCAAUGGUAUCAUCUCCAUGGACGUUAUCAGCCUUUCUUCUUCAAUGGAAUUCUUGAAGAUUAUAGCAUGUACUAUGCUCAAGAGAAGCUUGGAGUCGUUGUAGAGGGAGGAAGAUCGGUGGAAAAGAUGGUGAAAAACGAGAAGGUUCAUACUGUUGGCUUCAAUGAUUUGGAAAUGCUUCUCAAUUCUUCUCUAUUGAAGUUGAAAAAUUUAAGAACUUCUUUUUAUACGGUGGAGAAAAAAGAGUGUCGUCUAGACUACCUUCUGUUCAAAGAGAAGCUCAGAAAUCUCUUUGCAACAAGAGAACAAAAAGUGGAAGCAGAAAAUGUCUGUUUCAAAGUCACCGACCAAUCUGAAAUUCUUUUGGUUUUGCCUCAUGUCGAUCCAAGUUCCGUCGAAGAUAUUUACAUAGAAGACAGUCGAGAAAUCAGGAAUACUGUACUUGAUAUUGGAGAAGUUGUUCAAACUGCUCAAUGGAAAAACGCUAGGACUCUUACUCUGGAAAACUGUGUAUUGUCUGCCCCAUUGAAGCACUUCACUCAUUUUGAUGAAGCUUAUAUCAACGUGGGAUCAAUUUCAAUGGGAGAUGUUAUUGAUAUGAAAAACGAAAUUUGCCAACGCAGCGAUUUCGAAAGGUUCAAGCGAAUUCAUCUCUACUACGUGUAUGUCAGUGACGAGGAAGAACUAAUCCGGCUGUUGGGAGAACAAACGUCCGACUGGUCAUACACACAAGUAUGGCUUUAUGAGACCGUGGAUCCAAGAACUGCUCUUCGUCUCGAAAAGUUCGAAAAUCGAAUUACGUUUCAAGCACGUUAUGUGUGUCCGAAUAUGACUUUGAUUCCAUUAGAAUAG